UCUAUGAUCAACCUUUGGCCGAUUCGAAGGAGCUACGAACGAAUCAGGAAAGGGGGGCAUCUGCGACCAUGGAAUCCGGUCAGGAUUGGGUCAGAGAAGCCAACGGCGCCGUCCAGAGAACACAGAGUCCCAUUCAUAUGUCUCUACACGAAAAACCUGGCUAUCUCAUCACGACUUUGCAAGCAACUGAUCCAGACAAGGAUGAGAAUGCACAAAUCGUGUACAGAGUAGAAGAACUGCGGAGAGCACUGGGAAACAUCACCAAGCCGUCAGGUGCUAGGACUGCCAAUCUGAUCCGAAUCGAUCCCAGUUUGGGUCACAUUGUAUUGACGAGGGAGUUAGACGAAUCCGAUUUGGGUGUGCAUCUGAUUCGCGUGAGUGCAUCUGAUCGGGGCUUGCCCAAUCCGAGGAACGUGAGCAAGGUACGUGAUCAUUUUGCCUACACAGACACACUGGAUUUUCUUCAAAACUGGUUGCCAUACGGACUUUUCCACUUGGGAGAAAGCUGGUUGAUCUCUUCACUUAGGUUUUUAGCUAUUUCCUGA